AUGACUCCAAACACCACGCAAGAUGAAGCACCAAGUCUCUAUCUCUACCAACCGAGCCACGUCUUACCCGCGGUGUUUGCUGCCCUCGUUAGCAUAUCUUGGGCGUUGCACAUCUACCAAAAUAUCCGCUACAGAUUCUGGCGUAUUACGUUCUGGAUCUGUUGGGGAGGAGCUCUCUUCAUGACAGGAUGGAUCGUCCGCUGUGUAUCCAGCUAUCACACCGCCAAUGUCAAUCUGUAUAUUGUGCAGACCGUCCUCAUCUACGUUGGGCCACCAAUCUACUCAGCCUCCGCUUACAACAUCGUCGGUCGACUGAUGAAUUACUUGCCCAUGCACGCAGUCCUCAACCCGAACCGUGUGCUCAUCACUUUCGUCUACAUCGGUGCCGCCGUUGAGAGCAUGACCGUUGCCGGAGCCGCCAAAAAUGCCUCCGCUGGGUCCAAUCUCUCAGAAUAUAAAGCUGGCGGAACGCUCAUUGCCGUCGGCCUGAUCCUGCAGGGAGCAGUCGAAACAGUAGUAAUUGCAAUCGUCGCGACUGUGCAUCGCCGCUGCGCCCGUGCAGGCAAAGUGCCUUCCAACGUGCGCAAGCUCUGCAUCACCUUGUACGGCACCUCAACGCUCGUCUUACUGCGAUGCAUCUUUCGCGCCGUCGAGGCAUUCGAGAUGUUUUCCCACGUCGGAUGCCGCGAGAACUGCGGGCCCAUAAUCAGCCAUGAGUGGUUUCUCUACGCCUUUGAGCUCGGCCCCAUGCUAGUCUUCACCUGGUGGCUCAAUGUUCUUCAUCCCGGUCGGUCUCUGCCUAACGAAAAGAACCGAUACCUUGAUCUGGACGGGCGCACGGAGCGUUUUGGGCCGGGUUGGAUUGACCGAAGGUCUGCUUGGGCAACGUUUAUGGAUCCGUUUGAUAUUGGGGGUAUGAUGAAGGGCGAGCCGGCACAUGAUUUGUAUUGGCUGAGGCCGAAUGAGUGGCCUGUCUGCGUUGAUGGGAGCUUUGCGCUUGGGACUGCGUCUAAUGCUAGGAAUAGGGCAGAGGAGAAGUCUGAGAACAAUCUCCCGGCUACGGAAGUAUAG